CCCGUGGCGGGGUUGCCUGUAACGGGGCCGCCCCGUGCGUGUUUCGUGAGGGGAGGCGGCCCCGGCCCCGCCGCUGUCUCCUCCGGUGGGCGACUGAUUGCAGCCGUUACCCUCCGGGACGUGCGGGUGGCGGGGGCUCCGCUAGGCUGGGCCUCGUACCGUCCCGCCCGCGCCGUAGGCCGCAGCCUCCCGGUUGCCGCCCCACCCCACCCCUCCCCCCGCCGCCCAGGACGGGCCCGGUAUUGGCGGAGCCGCCUCCGCCGUGUCCCGGUUGGAGAGCGGCGCCGGGUGGGCCUCGCUCCGCGCUGCCCCGGGGCGGAGGCCUUGAGCCGGCACCCCCGGAGCUGGCGGGGGGCUUUCCCUAACCGGGGACAAAGCACCGAGGCGAUGACCGGGGUGCGGCGGCCCCUCGCCGGUGCCCACCCCACUCCCUUUCCGAGCCAUGGGGGCCCGUGCCUUGUCCCCUCAGAGAGGCAGGGUGUCACCUUGUCCACCGUGUCUUACCGGAACGCUGCUAAAAACCGGUGAAAUAUGUGAGAGACUGACUCAACGUUCCCAGAGCAAUAUCGUUGGGAUGUUUUACCUGGCUGAAAGGUAGAAGAGCCACGAGCGAUUAGGACGACACUGAAAUCCCCAUCGGCUGUUUGCAGUCUGCAGCUCCUCUGGGAGGAUGGACACCCUGAGGAACCGGACGGUGGAGGAGCUCCAGGAGCUUCAGGAAAAUGCAGAGGAGAUCGAGCGCCUGGCCCUGGAGUCCCAGGAGGUUCAGGAGCUGCAGCUGGAGAGAGAGAUGGCCCUCGCUGCCAACCGGAGCUUGGCCGAGCAGAACCUGAAGUUCCAGGCGCCGCUGGAGAUGGGGCGCACCGACCUCUCCAACAGAUACGAAGAGCUGCAGAAGCUGGCUGAGCGGUGUAAAGAGCAAAAGGCAAAACUGGAGAAAUUUUCAGCAGCAAUGCAUCCUCAGACUUUGCUGGAUCUCCUGCAGGUGGAAAGCCAGAAAAUCGAAGAGGAGUCUGAGAAAAUGGCCGAGAAGUUCCUGGAGGGCGAGGUGCCCCUGGAGACAUUUCUCGAGCAGUUUUCCGUGAUGAGGAAGUUGUCCCACUUGCGCCGGGUCAGAGUUGAAAAGCUGCAAGAGAUACUGAGGAAGUCAGAAGCAUCGCAGGAGCCCGGCAGGGACUCUCAGCAGCAGCCGCCUCCUCGCGUACCUGUGCCCGCAGACCUGCCGAAGCCACAGCCCUUCCCUUCAGGGGCUCCUUCCUUCCCUUUGCCCUACAGCCCAGCCCCAAACAUGCCGGCCGGCCCCACAGCCCACGGAGCUCUCCUUCCUGCUCCUUUCUCUGGCUCCCCAGUCACCGUAGGACACGUUGCUUCCUCUCAGCCCAGCAGCCAGCCCACGUUUCCCUAUAAGCCUCCUCCAGGCCCCGCGUACCCGCCAGCGCAGGCUGCCGACUCGGUGCCGGGGUAUCCCAAACCCCCCUCGGGAGGCUCAUCCGCAGCUCCGGGCUAUUCCUGGUCUCCAUCCAGGGGCCCGCCUCAGCCCCCACUGUUCCCUGGCUCUCACCCCUCUCCACCGCCGCCCAGACCCGGGUACCCUCCCUACUUCCCCCCUGGGGCAGGGAGACCCCAGUGCCCCUACCCAACCCAGCCCCCUCUCCCUAGUUUCCCCAUCGCCCCGCAAGCUCCCUACCCUCCUGGAGCGCCCCCACCCUUCGGGUGUCCCCCCCCUCCAAACCCUCAGCACCCUGCUUGGCCUGGCUACUAAAUCGGGACUCCUGGGGAGCAUCCUCAGCUGCUCCCUCUUCUUUUUGUGGACUGAGGAAGAAGAGCGAUCUGAGAGCGUCGCUCUUCGACCCGUCGGUGCGAAAGCAUUACGCAGGAUGAGAGACAGGAGUGGCUCCGGGGGUCGGACGGGCUGACGCCGCCCCCGCGGGCUGCGACUCUGGGUUUGUGAUGAUUGCGAUGGGCUGAAGCGUUCACUUCCAAAUCGGCUCAUCCAGGCUCUGGUGAGAAAGUCGUGUAGGUGCUCGGCUGGGGUACGCGGGGAACGUGCACCGAUCACGGCCGCCGCGCGCCGGAUCCCCUCGUCUGUGUGUGUGUGGGUGAGCGAGAGAGGCUGCUCCGCGCGUGCCUGUCAUUCGCCGUGUGGGUAACAGAUGUAGUAUCAUAAUUCUAAGCUUUUUCACAGGUGUUAAAACACAGUGGGAAUUUCUCACAGUCUUUCUGACACAAAAUACUCACUGCUUUCCAAGGACCUUCCUGGAAGUGAGAGGCAGAGCCAGCCCGGCUUGCGGGUGAUUCGUAACUGAUCGCAGCGGGGAGAAGCAGCCAACUCGCCCCUGGGGCGGGCCAGGCUUUGAGAUCUGUCUGUGGUAGGGAGAACGUCCACACCAGCUCUGCUCGAGCCCUUCCCGGCCGGCUGCGAGGUCAGGCUUCCCCCAGCGCUCUCUCUGCCUGCGUGGUGAGUCCCAGCGUGCUCCAAAGCAGAGGCUGUUCUCAACUCUGUCGGGUUCAGGAGCUCCCAGCUCACCGGGGAGCAAAAACCCCUUUAUUGCUGCCCGUUUCCCUCCACGGGAGCCUUUCCCAGCCCGUGCUGGCUGCACGCUGUCUCACCGAGGGCGUGAAGGUUUUGGUACCUCCCCAGAGUUCACCGCCUGGAUUUUAUCCGUGCUUUUGAAGUAAAGUGGGCUGGCACGACGUCUUCUGCUGCUGCUUCGGGGGGCGCGUGCCUCGGGUCACAGGAGCGGGAACUGGUGCCUCCUGCCCAGCUCUGAGACACUGGGGCUCGGCGGCCUCCCCCCACAGCUCCUGGGGGGAACAGGGCGGUUAUUUGGGGUGUCACAGGCUCCAGCCCUCCUCACGUACCCCCUUCUCAGGAAACACUAGUAACGGAGGGAGCGACACGUUAAUGGAAACGGGAUUUGCUUUGCUCAGCACUUUAUACUCCCGAAUCCUGCCUGUAUCCCUGUAAGUUAUUUAUAAGGAAAGAUUACUAAUGGACUAGAACAAGGCAAAUGCUUGUGGGGUUUGAUGGAAACAAUUCCAUAUCUGUGGUUAAUUACAGUAAUAAAAUUUGAUGAAGUGCA